UUGAAAAAUUGUCUUUUGGUUAUUUAAAAAACAAUUGUUAAAUUGUCAUGGCUCAAUUUUGCUGUAAUGGAAUUAAAAAUUCAAAAAACAAUUUGAAAGUUUAGAGCUUGACAAAAACAACAACUUGCAUUUGCUCCAGCUGGACCUCCUAUUAUAGACGUAAAGAAGAUGUGAGCUAAUGUUAUUUCAAUUAUGCAAGAUGUUGGUGAAACCAAACAAGAAUGACCAAAGCCCUGUUUCAUCAUAUUGUAUGAAGCAUGUGUGUUUCUAAGUAUUAUUAUGACAGUGUCAAUUAAAGGGUGUUGAAGUUUGUUUACUGUGCUAGUGCGUGUACUGUGUUGGUGCCUGUUUACUUCAUGUGUUGAAUUACAUAUGAAUGUAAUUACCUGGAGCUUCCUGAAAAAAAUUGACUGAGAGUGCUGAGGUUUUCUCUUCAAUGCUGCAAAAGAUGAUAUGGAGUUCAAUGGAACAAGCUGACAAUCAUCAACUGCAGCAAUGGUUUUUAUAUGUACUGAGUCCAGUAUAUGCAUUGUACAACUGUGAUGCGGUGAGGAGUAUGUGUUGUUUGGUGCGACAGUGGAAUAUUCGCAUCAACCAAUGUGUCUCAAAAUCGGAUUUAUCGAGUUAUAUAAAAGAUCGAGUUGUCUUUCAUAACUUUAUGAGAGUGUGUGUUUGUACUGUCAGCUAAUCUGUGCAACGUGGUCCUUUGGAGAUCAGAGGGUUCUUUUAUCCAAUCGUCAAACAGCCCAAAGCCGAGUGUAAAAUUGCUGGUGAAUGGUUUUCAAGGCAAAUGUUUGAGGACAUAUUUAUAACGAAAAAAGUUUGAGAUGUGAUUGAUAAUGAGAAAAUAAAAUAAAUUAUCAAUAGAGACAUUAAAAAAUGAAAAUAAAAAGUAAAAAAAUUAGUUGAAUUAUUAAAUAUAUAAUCAACAAUAUAGAAAGAUAUAUAAAUAUCCGUCGGAUUGACAAAGUGAUUAACAACGUUUUAAUGAUGUUACAUUGUAGACUGUCUGAGUCACUGUUGUGAUGAUAACAAAUGUCUUGAUUGCCUAUGGAUAUAUUCGGCCGUUGUAACGGUCCUGGUGUUGGUGCUGGUGCCACAGUUACAGUAAAUAAUAAUACAGUGAGAUCUGUUGUUGAUGCUGACUCAAGUGAAACAAUUGAUAGUACUAGUACAAAUAAUAACAGAAUGCAAUUAACUGGAGCAUCAGCACCCGGAACGGCGGCAUCACCAGAAUCCGGGGUAUCACCAUUAACUGAUGCAUACACUAAAAUGACAACUGAUAUACUUACGGAAAGAACACUUGGUGAUUUUCAUGGUGAACAUCAUCCUGGAGAACUUGUCAAAACAGGAUCACCUCAUCUUGUUUGCACAAUAUUACCAGCACAUUGGAGAUCAAAUAAAACAUUACCAACGGCAUUCAAAGUUGUGGCACUUGGUGAUGUUGGUGAUGGUACACUUGUUACUGUCAGAGCUGGUAAUGAUGAAAAUUGUUGUGCUGAAUUAAGAAAUUCCACAGCAUUAAUGAAAAAUCAAGUUGCUAAAUUUAAUGAUUUACGAUUCGUCGGUAGAAGUGGUAGAGGCAAAAGUUUUACACUGACAAUAACAGUAUCAACAUCACCACCACAAGUUGCAACUUACACAAAAGCAAUAAAAGUGACUGUUGAUGGACCAAGGGAACCGAGAUCCAAGACCAGUGAGUAUCACUGGCAUCAACAACAAUUUCAUGCAUUCGCCUUUGCCUCACAACGAGGGACACCAUUUUUUGCAUCACCACUCGUUGAUUCAUUACAACCAUUACCAAAUCCACUUCAGCCACUACCAAAUCCACUUCAACCAAGAGAUCCAUUAUCUUCAUUUCGUCAUGCAAUGCCUGGAAAUUGUCAAAAUAUGUCUCAAUUUGGAUUGACAGCUGGUAAUUCUUGGGGCUAUGGUAGUACAGCUGGUUAUGCUGGUUAUUUACCAGGACCAUUAUCAUCAUGUGCAGCACAAUCACCAUUUCCACCUCCUCCACCACCUCCACCACCACCACCACCUCCUGCCUCAUCAUUGACGUCUUUUACUGGUACAACGACAAUGAAUACACCAACAGCACCUGAUUCAACUGCUGGAUCAACAGUAACAACUGGUAAUUCAAAUCGUACCAAUCAACAAGAUGCAUUUGCAGCUGUUUCAUCAUUAGUACCAGAUACAACAACACCUGGACAAUCAGAUUCACUUGAUCCACUUAGUACUCUUAUGUCCGGUACAACAAGUCAAAGGUAUCAGGAUUAUGUAUCACCACGAUCAUUAUCAACUGAUUCAAAUGCAACAGAUAGUCCUGUUCAUGAAGAAGGCUUUGGACAAAAUUAUGGUAAUUAUUUUCCAACACCUGGUGUAUUACCGAGUAUAUUAUAUUCACAAAUAUAUGGUAAUCAAUUUCAAAAUUCUGAGAGUCCAGAACAAACAGCUGUCACUGAAAGUUGCAAUGUAAAUGUGAGACAAGAAGAGGUAAGACCUGAUAAUAAUGUUUGGCGACCUUAUUAAAAAACAAACAAUCUAAUUAAUUAAUUUAAUAAAUUAAUAAUAUUGAUAUUAAUAAUAAUAAUUAAAUGGACAAUGAUUGUUGUUGUUUAAAUAAGGUGAAAUUGGUGCUUGGUGAAUAAAUAAUAAUUUAUGAAAUAUUAAUGACAAUGAAAUUCAAAAUAGAAAAAAAAAAAAAAAACAAAUAUUAUGAAAAAAGUCAAAUAAUCUUGGGAAUUAUAUAUUGAUUUAAAUAUAUUGAUUUUGUAGACAUGAUGUGAGACUAUUUGAUAAAUAGUCAAAAUGCAAUUUUACUGUUAUAAAUUGGAUUCAUUUUAUUUUCUUUUUAAAGUGUCAAAAAAAAAAAAAAAAACAUUAAAAGAAAAAAGGUAAAUUAAUAAACAAAAUAAAUAUAUUUAAAAAAAAAAAAAAUAAUAAUAGAAAUGAGUAUUGCAUGCUGUGUCAUUAUAUGCCAAAAAAAAAAAUUAAAAAAAAAAUUGAAAAAAAAUUAAACAAUGAAAGCAUGUCAACGUGAGACUGAAGUAUGUAAAUAAUAUUGUAUAUAUAGAUUGCAAUUGCUGAGUCCAUAACCCUGGACAACAAACAUAAAAAAAAUUUUUUUUUUAUUUUUAAAUGUCAUUUUUAUUUUUUUGACGUUUCAUAGUAUAUUUAUGUUAUAAAAAAUUUUCA